AAGCAAAAGGCUGUAGGUGUUCGUACGAGUAGGAUGUGUGCAGUGCGCGCGGAGCAAAACAUACGGAAUAAUAAAGAAAUUGGGUAGAACUUUUCAUUCGCGGGUCAUUUACUUUCUAGCUUAACCCGACGCAAACUAUCUUCGGUUCUAGUACAGCGCUUUCCUUUUUCUGAUAUUCAUCAAACAAGUGCUUUUGUUCUGUUUGUUACGGUUAACGCGAUACGACCGAGACCAGACCAGCUGAAUUGCGCGCCGAAAAAGUGCAUCGUUUGAAUGUGGGCGAUGCGUUGCACUCGGGAAGAUUCACCCGCUGAAAAAGCCAAAUCAAAACGCGCCGUGUAAUGUAGGUGAGGAAUCGUCCGCCAAAUCGACACCGAAAUAAAGGGGAAAAAAUGUGAAAAGAAAGUUUCCAUACGGUUCCAUUGCAUACACGCACUUGGUCGUGGUGCAGCAGCGUCUGCAUGGGUCCCGGCUCGUUCGUUUGAUUGCGCUCUGUGUAGCACGCGGAGAGCAACGCAAGCGACUUCCUCCAUCGGGGCCACAUAAUCGUACAUUUAUGUGACGGAGUGAUUGAAUCAUAGCAACCGAUCAUCGCCGUCCAGUCGUGUGUGGUGUAGGCACCAAGCAGACGUAUGGUCAGAACUUUGUACCGUAAGUUGAUCGAUAAGAACCGUAGAGUAAACCGAUAAAGAUUUGUUUGUUCUGUGUGGCGAGUCAAAUCGAAUAAAUAAGCAUAACCAAUGGACGGAGCGGUUUAGUACGCGCCGGACAACAAACCAAGUGUUAUCGCGCGUGAAAGAGUUGCGUCUGCCGCAGUGAAAAGUUGAAACAAAACCGAUCCGUACCGUCUCGCGACUCACUGACACACUUUUCGCGAUUGCCAACAAAAGCUUCUGGUAUCCAUCGGCGAGACAGCAGCCACCAGCGGUGGUGAGUCACCGCCCACCGGCUGCGGACCAGUGAAGACACGCUUUUACUGCUUUACCGUGUGGUUUAUCUGUGCUUUUUUUUUGCAAUCUCGAGAUCAAACGAUUUACACCGUUUCCUAGCAACAAUCCGGAAGCACGAGCUAGAAGAGAAAGAGACCCGUGGGACCGUGCAACUUUUCGUCGGUAUUCUAACAAUUCGGUGUGAAACACUUUUCCAACCGCGAUGGUGUCAGCCGGUGGGAAAUUCAUCCGCACGUCACCGGGCACGUUGCUGCUUACCUUCCUGCUUCUCACACACCGGCAUGCUAGCGCCGAUGGUGGUGGUGGUGGUGGACUGUUUGACAACUUCAUCUCACAGCUCAUGACAACGGCCGCCACGGCACAAAACUUCCUCGAAGACGCGUACGAUCAGAGGCAAGGUCGUGGCACGGAACCUCCACCACCGCUACCACCGGCACCAUCGUCAGAUUCACUUUCGCCCGUACUCAUACCGGUCGGGGGUAUUGAGCCGGUCCAGCAACCAACAACACCGCCAAGCACGACCACGUUUUCCGCUGGCGCGACGUCCUCCACGACGGCGGCAACACACGGUACGCGAGCACCGCUUCCGUUUUGGAAUCCGUUUGUUUGGCUGCGUCCGAAAGAGGCCACACCACCGUACAAUCCGGACACCGAUCUUAGUACGCCGGAAAUAGCGGUCCGUCACGGGUACCAGGCCGAAUCACACACGCUCAAAACGGCGGACGGUUAUCUGCUGACGUUGCAUCGAUUGCCGUGCGGUCGCAUCGGAUGCCCGGCGCAAGGUGGCAAAGGUGCGGGCCAGCCCGUAUUCCUGCAGCACGGUCUGCUGUCGAGCUCGGCGGACUGGUUGCUGAGCGGGCCGGAAAAGGCGCUAGCCUUCAUACUGGCCGACGCCGGUUAUGACGUAUGGUUGGGCAACGCACGCGGCAACACCUACUCCCGCAAGCACGUCAGCUUCAGCAGUGACGAGACCGCGUUCUGGGACUUUAGCUGGCACGAAAUGGCCAUGUACGAUAUACCGGCCGAGAUUGACUAUCUGUACAACAUGCGGGCCCAGGAACGCAACGAUACGACGCGCAAUCUGCUGUACGUUGGACAUUCGAUGGGUACGACGAUGAUCUUCGCCCUGCUAGCCAGUCGCCCGGAGUACAACGAACGGUUGGAGGCUGUGUUUGCGCUGGCCCCGGUAGCCUUUAUGGGACACGUCAAGAGUCCCAUCCGUCUGCUGGCUCCAUUUUCGCAUGAUAUCGAGAUGAUCCUAAAAUUCUUCGGCGGCAAUGAGUUUAUGCCACAGAACAAAAUCAUUCGCUAUUUAGCGAAAUAUGGUUGCGAGCUGACCGAAGCGGAGAAGUACAUCUGCGAAAACACCGUGUUCGUCCUGUGCGGCUUCGACAAGGAGCAGUACAAUGCCACGCUUAUGCCGGUCAUCUUUGGGCACACGCCGGCCGGCACCUCGACCAAGACCGUCGUACACUAUGCGCAGGAAAUUCACAACGAGGGCAACUUUCAGCUGUUCGACUACGGUGAAAGUGAAAAUCAGCGCCGGUACGGGCGGGCUACGCCUCCAGGCUACAAUUUGGAAAACAUAUCGACUCCGAUUGCGCUGUUUUACGCUAACAACGAUUGGCUGGCCGGCCCGUUGGAUGUGGCCAAUCUGUUCAACCAGCUGCACCGCACGUCGAUCGGCAUGUUCAAGAUACCGAACGACAACUUCAACCACGUAGACUUCCUGUGGGGUAACGAUGCGCCGGAAGUCGUCUACAAGCAGCUGCUCAUGCUGAUGCAACGAUACAAGUAGAAGCCUGUCAGCCAAGCCAUAUCUUGCUAAUUGAACCGGCGGGAAAGUUCGGAUUCUUAACGGAAAUUCAAGCGAGCAAAAACCUAUGACUGCAUUUUCAUGUUGAAAAUCUUUACUGUUAAGACUUGUAUGCGUUUUGUGUUGUAUGUAUAAAUAAAAGCAAUGGGCAUCCCUAGCUGGAA